AAGCCACCCGCGAUCGCGAAGUUGCCGCUCGAGAGGCUCGCAAGUGGCACAGUCAGGUCGAAGGAAGCGCCCGCGAGUCGAGCAUUUUACGACAACAGCUGCGCGACCUCAGCGCGCAGAUGAGAGUGUUACUCGUUGAACUACAGGCUAGAGAGAGUGGCCUUGAUAGUCUUAACGGCGAACAGCGACAAAUCUUCCAGCGCAUCGCUAAUGGUGAGCUGGACGAGGCUGAGCUCAGCGAAUUGAGUCCGGUCAAUCAAUUAAUAUCCCAACGCCUAGUCAUCUUCCGCACUGUGAGCGAGCUCCAGGAACGCAACACUGAGCUCCUUGAGGCGACUCGCAAUUUCGCACAGCGAAUGGAGGGAGAAGAAGCCAAAGCCAAGGCCGAGCAGCAAGAGAAGGAACUGAAAGAACUUGAACAACUACGGGACCGAUGUGCAUCGUAUGAGGACGAAGUAAAAUCGCUUAAAACUCGUUCUCAAAGCUACAUUAAAGAGAGGGACAUGUACCGUCGGAUGCUCACUCACCGCGGUCAACUACCUCCGGCGGACGACCUUGCAUCCCAGUUCGGACAAUCUGUCGAUGGCCGAGCGUCACAAGUGGGAGGAGAGGCGACCCAUGAGCCACUCCAAUCAAAGGAUAUCGCGGAUUACGCAAAGAUCAUCAAGGACAUGCAAGCUCACCUUGACGCGAUGAAGAAUGAAGCCGAUACUGACCAUGCCAUUCUGAAGCAGCAACGUGAUCAGUUGGCUAAAGAGAGAGGCACCUUACAAAGUGAGAAUGCCAAAUUCAGUAGCCAGCUCUCCCUUGAGCACCAACGCUAUGAACUGCUAAAUUCGACUUUGUCAUCAAUGAAAGCUGAAAAUGCCGAGCUGAGGCAAAGAACCGAUACUCUGAGGGAAGCUGCUGCCAAGCAGGACCUUAGAACUCAGCAGGUAGCUGAGGAUCUGAUCGAGGCCAAGACAUUGGCAGACAGUACUAGGAAUGAGGUCAACAACCUGAAACAGCUCAACGAGAUGCUCAAGAGAUCCGAAAAUAGACUAACAGAGGACAACAAAACGCUACUGGAAGAGAGAGGGCGACUGAACAAGCUUGUCAGCGACCUACAAACUCUUCAAAAUGAGCGGGAGCUGUCUGAGUCUGAGAAUCGACGCCGUCUUCAAACCAAAUCCGACGCUCUUGAGUCCGAACUAAGCACCAUCAAGCGCAAGCUAGAUGAAGAGGUAGAAGAGUCUAAGAAAGCAGCUCUCAGACGGGAGUACGAACAAGAGAACAGCAGAGCGCAGAUUGACGACCUUCAGAAGAGCCGGCAGAAUAUCAAGGAGGACCUGGUAGCUGCUCAGACAUCGCGAGAUCUUCUCCAAGCACGGGUGGAGGAGUUGAAGAUCGAAUUGAAGAAUGCGGAGGCCCGCGCCGACGCAUUGCAGCCGCGUCCCUCGACCCGCCCGGAUAUCGCGUCCGCCGAAGAUGAUAUGAACGCCCUCAGCCGUGAGCAAGAACUUGCUGUUGAAGUAGCUGAUCUAAAACGUGAUCUUGAGCUCACUAAAGCUGAGGUUGAAUCUGCAAAUGUCCACGUCGAGAACUACAAGAACAUUGCCCAAGAUGCCGAAGAACAACUAGCAAGCAUCACCGCCAUGAGUGACCAAUACUCAGAAGAGACUGAUGCCCUGAUCAAGGAGAAGGAUGCCAAGAUUUCUGAUCUAGGAAAGCGUGUUGACGAAAUUACGUCUGAACUUGCAUCUACAAGCACGGAACUUACUGAUCUGCAAGCAAUUCAAGCCGAAGCCGACUCCAAAUUCAACGACCAGAAGUCCGCCCUAGAAGCAGACAUUUCUCGCUUGAAGGAUGAAUGUGAAAGAUGGCAGGAAACGGCCAACUUCCAUCAAGAAGACAAAAAGACGCAGGCUGAGAUUGCGCAGCACGCGCAGCAGAGCUAUGAGAACGAACUUGUGAAGCACGCAGAAGCCACAACAGCUCUUCAAAAGAUUCGAGGUGAAUACAACGAGCUCAGAACGGAGGUUGCUAGUAUCAAGGCCGAGGCCGAGACUGCAAAGACUGCCCUGGCCCAGAACGAAAAGACUUGGUCCGAAACCAAGGACCGAUACGAGCGUGAAGUGACGAAUCUCAAGAUGAGGCGCGAGGAGAUUGACAAUCAGAAUAAGCUGCUCCAUCAACAGCUUGAUAAUGUCAGCUCCCAGAUCACGGCGCUGAAACAAUCACGAACGAACGGGGCUACUGAUAACGAGGCGUCGGUCGCAUCUCCAGGUCCAGGCGGAGACAGUGUUCAAGAAGUAAUUCGCUACCUUCGACGCGAGAAAGAGAUCGUCGAUGUGCAAUAUGAAAUGUCGAUCCAGGAACAGAAGCGUCUGCGUCAGCAACUUGAAUACACUCAAACACAACUCGAGCAGACUCGCGAAAAGCUGAGCCACGAGCGCCAAUCGCAGCUCGACAAGGAACAGAAUGCACUAAGCCACACCCAACUCAUAGACACCAUCAACGAACUCAAUGUCUUCAGGGAGAGUAGUACGACUCUUCGUCACGAGGCCAGACAGGCCCAGAAGCAGCUUGCAGACAAGGUAGCUGAAGUCGAAAAUCUCGUUAGCCGUAUACAACCUCUUGAGGCCAGAGUACAGGAGCUUGAAAAUGAACUUGAGAACAAGAAUGACAACAUAGGUCUGCUAGAAAAACUGCGCGACGAGCUGCAGCAGCGCAAUCAGAACAUCCUGUCGAAGUACAACCGCAUCGAUCCUGCCGAGCACGACAGUCUGAAAGAGCAAGUUGCCACCUUGCAGACCGAACUUGAGCAAGCUGUGGCCGAAAAACAACCCCUGCAAGAAAGAUUGGACGGCCAUGUGGAGGAGAUGCGUCUGGCAUUAGAACAACAACUGACCACCUUCAAUGAGCGUAGAACGAAGCUUGUAGAGCAAUCGAAGGCUCAUGACGCAAAGCGACUCCAGAGAAUCACUGCUCUUCAGACAGAAAAGAACGAAGUCGCCAGCCAACUUGAAGCCACCAAGCUCGAGCUCGAGUCUACUAAAACUGCACGAGAUGAUGCGCUUGCAGCCGCUGAACAACGAGAUACGGAGAUGGGUGAGGGCGCGGAGAGUGGCGAGGUGGAUGAGACCAAGGCAGCGCUCGAGGCUCAGGUUGCAGAAGCAGAGGCUCGUGCAACUGCAGCGGAGACGAAGGCAGCAGAAGAAUUGUCCAAAUCGAAUGCUCUUGACGCCAGCAUUGAGAGCCUGCGGGCAAGGGUCUACGAAUUAGAGCAACAAAUUAACACAUUGCAACAUCAGCUCGAAUCCAGCAAAGCAGAGCUCACCACGCUCCAAGAAUGUCAUUCUGAGGGUCAGAUUCCAGAUACCUCUACCGAGCUCGAAGGACUUCAAGCAGAGCUAGCCAGCAUUAAGCAAGAGAACGAGGCUCUUCGCGCCUCUGUCAUCACGAAUGGAGGACCGGCAACGGACGAGGCAGAGAAUGACGAGCGAUUGUCCGCAGAGCAAAUCACAGAGCAGGUCAAUACCAUCAAGGCUGAACUUGAAGCGAAACAUGCGGACAGAAUGGCAACCCUAGAAGAAACGUUCAAGAAAAGGUCUGAGAAUAUGAAAAAUCAGCUUAACACGAAGUUAAGGGAAAAGAACGAAGCUUUGGCACAGAUGAAGACGGAGCAUGAGGAGGCGGUCAAUCGUCUUAAAUCCGAGCACUCUGAAGAAUUGUCAAGAAUUAGCUCUGAACAUGCAGAUGAGGUUGCACGCCUGAACUCCGAAUUCACGAAUCGAUCUCAAGUGUCGUCAACGGUUGAAGAGUCCCAGCCUAAGGCAGCUCCGACUGUGAAGGCCGAGGAGAGUGGGUCGAAGCCCGCACCGACUCCUGCGAUGAACGGAGGUGCAAAUUCGACCAUGAGUCGCGACGAAGUUCUUAAAUCUUUGACCGACCCCGAGGUCAAAGAUCUAGUCGCUAAAAAUGCUACCAUCAAUGGAAUUAUCAAACGUAAUAUUCAAACCAAGUUGGCCCUGGAGAAGGAUACAUUCACCAAGAGCUUAAACGCCGAGCACGAGAAGGCGCUCGAGGCUGUGAAGUCCGAGGCAGCUACUACGAUUGCAAAAGGUGAUGCUAAAGUCAAAAAUGCAGAGAUGAUGUUACAAAAACGUUACCAGAUAAAGAGAACACGUCUACACCUGCAAUUGCAUCGAGCAUGGCACAGCCUCGACCAGGAAUGUUCAGUGUUCAACCAGGCGGCCAAACGAGUACAAACCAGGCCCGACAGAACGCGGGGGCUUCCAACACAACAUCAGGAACGUUCGGAACGCCGACACCAGCCUUCCAGUCGUCGUUACCAGGUCAAGGGCAAUCGCAAGGCCUUCCUCAAAAUCCUAAUGCAGGACGAGGCAACUUCGGCAGAGGCACCUUUAGUGCCCGUGGUGGCAUCAGCAUGCCUCGAGGAGGUCCUGGUGGUGUUGCUCAACAAGCAGCUCAAAUCACCAGCCAGGUUCCGCAGCCGGGAAGUGGCAUUCCUCGUGGAGGAGGCGGCAUUCCUCGCGGACGUGGACGCGGCGCCCGAGGAGGAGGAGGAGCUCCAACAAACCUCGCCGCAAAUUCAACAACAAGCAGCGACCAACCAGGCUCGCCCAUGAACCCAGGUGCACAACACUUCGUACCUCGCGGCGGCGGCGCGCAGAAGCGAGGUCGGGACGACAGCGGCA